AUGAAUACCUUUAACAAAGUCGUCGGUCUCGCUCUUAAAUGCACUAACCAAGCCAAUACUCAAAUUGCGAAUACUAACGGUGUUGAUGUCGGUGGAAAUAGUAUCACUAGUAGUAAUGUUGUUGUUGUUGGUAGUGUAGAUAUUGGAAAUG